CGGUUACCUUCGUGUCGCGCCACACGCGUGCGGCCAUACGUGCAACUAUUAUACCUAUGGUCAUGGGUGAGAAACGUGCCGUUCUGUGCCCGCGCCGACGACAGGUGCCCCUUCUGGUAGUGACCACUCUCCUGGUGGGCGUGCGUACGGAGCUUGUCGAUCCUAAAUUCAAGGAGCCAAUAGCCAAUGUAACCGCGCCGGUGGGAAGAGAAGCUAUUCUCUCCUGCGUAGUUCAAGAUCUUGCCGGAUAUAAGGUGGCAUGGCUGCGUGUCGAUACGCAAACUAUUUUGACGAUAGCGACCCACGUGAUCACGAAGAAUCACAGGAUCGCGGUUUCCCACAGUGACCACCGAACGUGGUUUCUUCACAUACGGGAAGUACGGGAAUCUGAUCGAGGCUGGUACAUGUGUCAAAUAAACACGGAUCCCAUGAAAAGUCAGAUCGGUUAUCUCGAAGUGGUCGUGCCGCCUGAUAUUCUGGACUAUGACACCAGCACGGACAUGGUGGUGAUGGAGGGACGAAACGUGACUCUGCGUUGCGCUGCGACCGGUUCCCCGGCGCCCAACAUCACCUGGCGGCGCGAGGACGGUCAGCAAAUUCAGCUCGGCAACGGAGAGGAAGUUGCGAGCGUGGACGGUCCGAGCUUCAAUAUCACAAAAGUGAACCGACUACAUAUGGGUUCCUAUUUAUGUAUCGCAUCCAAUGGCGUACCCCCCUCUGUCAGCAAAAGAAUAAUGCUCACUGUGCAUUUUCCACCGAUGAUCUGGGUUCAGAAUCAAUUAGUCGGCGCUCAAGAAGGACAGAAGUUGAUUCUGGAAUGCUAUUCAGAAGCAUUCCCGAAGUCUAUCAAUUAUUGGACCAGAGAUCAGGAUAAGAUUGUGCCCCAAGGAGGAAAAUACGAUCCAGUGCUGAAAGAUAACGCGUACAAAAUACACAUGAGGCUGACGAUAAACUCCGUCAGUCCGACGGAUUACGGCUCGUAUAAAUGUGUGUCCAGGAACUCGUUGGGCGACACUGACGGCAGCAUUAAGGUCUAUCCAAUAUCGGGCUCCAAUUCCAGCAUCACCAAGUACAAAGGUAAAGCAAGGCAUAAUUCAGGGAACAAUAAUAUCCUGGAGGGAAAUCAAGAUAUGCUAAAGGAACGAGAUUUGAAACUACGAGGUCGAAAGGAGAACGGCGGCGACGUAGCGGACUACGAUGAAUCCAGCGCUACCAGCAACGGUAGCUCGUUGCUGCUGGUGAUCCUUGUCGCGCUGUGCCUGUACCUCCAUCAUCAUCCGCAGAUGCGAACGUUACAUCCGGCCUGAGAUUCACCCACGACGGUCCUGCACGCCAUCGCACGCGUAAUCCGAUCAUCGAGCCAUCAUCGUGACUUUGUACAUCCACUUGUAAAUCCAUCGCUCAGGGACUUCCGUCGAGGAUGAAUAUCGUCGAGGACUGCGUUGACCACUUUAAACUUAACAAUAGAAUAAUAAUAUUAUAAAUAGCGUUAGUGCGCGGCGGGCCUCGGCUGGCGCCGUUCGCCGGCGGAGUUUCGCUAAGGGAGGAUUACGACUUAAGGGACAGUCAUUACGGACAGUUUCGGAACCAGAGUUGGGCUGCGCAAAUCUACCCCAUGCGACCGAAAUUACAUUAUCAUGUUGGGGAACGUCGGAUUUAUUUUAGAGUCCCA